GCUGGAACUUGAGGUGGAUGAACUACCCUCCCUGCACCGUGACACCUCCAAUUUCCUGCUGUUGAAUUAGAGCAACUGACAUCGAUCUCCUCCUUAAUUCUCACCUUCCCUCUGAAUAUCGAUACACAAUUGCGCUCCCGCGAUGUGGUUUUGAGAUUCUCACUUACACCAGUUUGUGUCGGGCAGCUCCUUAUCGAUUACGAAUUGACGUCAUUGAAGACAUCGCGACGGGUUCUCAACCAACAGCAAAUUAACAAACACCAUAACUACACCACAACGUCAGCAUGCUCAGCCGUCGCCUGUCUCGAGACACCGGGCUUCGGACGGUCCAUUCUUUGCCUUUUCGGGCCAGAAUAUCGGCAUACCCAACUAGAAUAGUCUCCCCUUCUCAACGACGCAUCGUUUCCAACCUCCCCUCCUCACGGACCACGAUCCUUAGAACCGCUCCAGACUUCAAGACCUUCUUCACCACACCACCCCUGACGUUAACCCACCUCCGUCAAUUGUCUACCACAACAUCCAAAAACGCACCCAAAACCACUCCAAAAGCCCUCAAAUACGCCUAUCGUUUCGCCGCCUGGUUUGGCUCUUCCGUGUUAUUCGUCUCCCUCGGUGUAAUUGGUUUCUUCGUCUACGAUGCCACCACCUAUGUCGACCACGCCUCCAACAAGUCCGACCUUACCAUCUCACAGCUUGCACUUAACCCCCGACGGGGUGGGCCCAAGAACCUUCCCAUUUUGGAAGUAUUCAUCGACGAUGAGGAUGACGAGGACCGCAAGCGGCAAAAGGACAAGCCAAGACUGGUGAUCUUGGGUGGUGGGUGGGGAGGUGUGGCGCUGCUGAAGGAACUGAAUCCUGAGGAUUGGCAUGUCACCGUUGUCAGUCCUACCAAUUACUUCCUGUUCACGCCCAUGCUGCCCUCAGCCACUGUUGGAACAUUAGGACUGCGGAGUUUGGUCGAGCCGAUACGGAGGAUAAUCCACGGGGUUAGGGGCCGGUUCCUGCGCGCCAGGGCCGAAGAUGUCGAUUUCAGUGCGAGAUUAGUCGAAGUCAGCCAGGUGGACUGCCAUGGUGUUGAACAGAGGUUCUAUGUGCCUUACGACAAACUCGUGGUAGCGGUGGGUUCGGUGACGAAUGCUCACGGAGUUAAGGGGCUGGAGCACUGCCAUUUCUUGAAGGAUAUCAGAGACGCCCGGGAGAUCCGCAACAGGAUCAUUCGCAACCUGGAGCUGGCUUGCCUGCCAACAACCAGUGACGAAGAUCGCAAGAGGUUACUAUCGUUUGUGGUCAGUGGAGGCGGGCCAACUGGGGUGGAGUUCGCGGCGGAGCUGUAUGAUCUGCUAAAUGAAGACCUGAUCCAGUUGUUCCCAAGGUUGCUGAGAAACGAAAUCUCAGUUCAUCUGAUUCAGAGCAGAGACCACAUUCUCAACACAUACGACGAGACACUUUCGACCUAUGCCGAGGAAAGGUUUGCCAGAGAUCAGGUUGAGGUCUUGGUCAACUCGAGGGUCAGCGAAGUGAAGGAGGACAGCAUCGUAUUUACACAAAAGCAAAAGGACGGAACAGUCAUCACGAAAGAGCUCCCCAUGGGGUUCUGUCUAUGGUCCACUGGUGUCUCUCAGGCAGAUUUGUGCAAAACCUUGAGCGGGAAACUGGGCAAGGCGCAAAACAACAGACAUGCCCUUGAGACAGACACACAUCUAAGACUGAACGGCACGCCUCUUGGAGACGUGUAUGCUAUUGGGGACUGCGCCACUGUUCAAAACAACGUCGCCGACCACAUCAUUUCUUUCCUCCGAAGCAUCGCCUGGAAGCACGGUGUUACUGACCCCGAGAAGCUUUCCCUGCAUUUUUCCGACUGGAGAAAUGUUGCCGAACAGGUCAAGAAGCGGUUUCCUCAGGCGGUGGGACAUCUAAAGAGGCUAGACAAGCUGUUUGAGGAGUACGACCGAGAUCAGUCCGGUACCCUGGAUUUUGGGGAGCUGCGCGAGCUGCUCAAGACAAUCGACAGCAAACUGACCAGCUUGCCAGCGACGGCGCAAAGGGCCCACCAGCAAGGGUCGUACCUCGCUCACAAGUUUAACAAGCUGGCACGGGCGGCUCCAGGGCUAAGAGCCAACGAGAUUUCGGACGGCGAUGUGGACGCGGCGGUUUACAAAGCAUUUGAGUACAAACACUUGGGAAGCUUGGCGUAUAUUGGUAACUCGGCGGUUUUUGACCUCGGAAAUGAUGGGUGGCGGUUCGCUGGCGGUUUGUGGGCGGUGUAUGCAUGGAGAAGCAUCUACUUUGCUCAAAGCGUCAGUUUCAGGACGAGAGUGUUGAUGGCCAUGGACUGGGGAAAGAGGGCAUUGUUUGGGAGAGAUUUAAUGAGCUACUGAGCUUCCUGCUCUGGACACUUUUGUCCUCUUGAGUUAGGGAGGGGGCUUUUUGCUGAAUAUACCUUAUGAGUGAAGCCAUUUUGUAUCAUAGACCAUGCAAGCAAGCCUAGCGUGGCGUUCAAACAGAGGGGUCUCUAUUGUUUUGUUACAGCU